AUUUCCUGAAGCGGUUGUGCCAUUUUGUGAGACCGGAACUCUUCACCGAGGAAAGGUUUCCGGGGGGAUUUCAUUUUACGGACACGGAUGCAUGUGAUGUGAGUUAGACAACGUGAGUGUGAAGCAUGUUCUACUUAUUACCCUGUUACAAGUUUGGAGCUAUAUUGAUCAUAACAUUUCCUCUUUGAUACAUUUUAUAAAAUUAUUAUUGAAUUUACGUUUUGUAAUGUAAAUAUUUAUUGUAUUGCUUAUUGCUGAACUUGCAGAGUGACCUAGAGACACACUGGACUUGAAAUGGUUUAUUGAGCUGUUUAUGGGAAGAAUGAUAAACUAAACACAUGUUCCCCUGUGACCUGUGUAAUGAUAUUCUGUAUUGGGAUGCAAAUUGCAGACAGAAUACCAUGAAAGAGAGAUUUUAGAAGGGGGGGGGGACUGCUGUGUUGCAGCAUGAUUGCUGGGCUCUUGUUGCUCACAUUAGUUAUUAUAUGGGUUAUUCGCUAAACUAAAAUAGCUACUGGGGGGGGGGAAUUCGCCAACUGUCGGCGGGGGAGGAGAGGUAAGGGAGCCUGGCGCCACGGGAGGGGGACCCUGAGGGUGGAGGCACCCUUAGGGUACUAUAGUGUCAGGAAAACUGAUUUGUUUUCCUGACACUAUAGUGUCCCUUUAAUUACAUUGUAUAAUUGUGUUAGGGGUGAUGUGUACAUUCUUUGCUGCCACAUUUUUCAUAGUGUUAUAAGUUGCUUGUUUUGCAUUUCUACAGGAGAACGUUAAAGUAUCAUUUCUGAGUCCAUGGAAACCUCAUUAAAGCGCCUCUAUGUUGGUGGAAUUGGUCCGUCAAUCACAAAUGAUGAACUCACUGACCGGUUCCAAAAAUUUGGAAACGUAAAUGAUGUGGAGAUCAUUUCCAGAAAAGAUGAACAUGGUGAGAUCCCAUAAAUCUGCAAAUUUUAUUUUAAAAAUGCUUUAGAAUUUACACUUUAGGAACAUAUUAAAGCAUCCAAUGGCAAAUAUUUGUACUAUAGUAGAAUUAUUUUUUUUUAACUAUACAGUUUUUUUUCUCUGGCCCUCUAAAAUUUAGGACCCUAAUUUAAAUACCAAACCAAACACGCUACUAUAAGGUGAAAUAUUGUGGCGUGGGAAUUUUUAUGGAGAAGCUGGUUUUAAUUCUUCAUUUUUAUUUUUUUUAGUCUGGUUUUAAAUAUGUCAAAAGUUGAUGUAUUUCAGAUUACUUGUAGGUGAGGUGUGCGCAUAACUGAAAGAGUUGCUGAUAGGGAGAUUCCAUCUUCAGUAAGGUCUUCUGGGCAGUAAUAUAUAUUAUUUUUCCCCAAGUGUGUAAUAUGGUAUUUUUAUUUUUAUUUUUUUUAAAUCUAUCAUGGGGAGCGGAUUAAUCUCCAUCCAGUUUUGCGGGUUUGUUGAUAAUUUCAAGCCCAAAUAGGAGAAAUGUUUAUUUGCCCUAAGGAAGACAACAUUUUCCAUGAUCCUUUUUUUUCAUCUGUGAUGUUAAAAAAACAAAACAAAAAAAAACGGUAGAGCAGUUGUUUUUGAAGCAUUUAGUUUGUAGUUUGAGAAUCGACUAUAACAUUUUAUCACCUUCAUUAAGUCAUAAAUAGAGUUUAUUGGAUCCUCCAGGACUAUUAAUAUGUCAUCUGCGUAGAGCUUUAUUUCAAUCUCCACAAUGUCCUUGAAGCCUUUAAUUUUUUUGUUCCUUAUCUCAAGGGCAAGUACUUUAAUUGUCAUCAUGUAUAGUAGGGGAAGGAGAGCGUGCAACUUUGUCUAGUACUGUUUAUUUAAAUGUGUUGGAAGAUAUACCCUGCCCUAUUACUUUCCCAGUAGGAUUAGAGUAAAGAGCCAUAAUGGCUUGAUGAAUCCAACCUGCAAAACCAAAGGCUUUUAAGGUAUUCGAAAGGAAUUCCCAGCUGACCCUGUCAAAGGCUUUCUCAGCAUCUUGAGACAGGGCCAGCAUUGGGACCCUUUUUCGUUAACGGUCUCAAAAAUGUUAAACAGCGUUCUUAUAUGGCAUAAUGAUGAUCGCUCAGGUAUAAAACCUACCUGAUCUAUAUGGAUUAACUUAGGGAUAACUGAUUUGAGUCUAUCUGCCAUAAUGCCUGCAUAAAGUAUUAGAUCUUCAUACAGGAGGGAAAUAGGUCUAUAGCUUCUUACAUUGUAAGGAUUUUUUUUCUCAGGUUUUAAAAUGGUAUUCCCUCUGAAAUGAUAUUUCCCUUUAAAAUGAUAUUCCCUCUUAGGAGGUCUUCGGGAAGACUUCCUUUCUCUGCAAACUCAUUACAGGUGAUCUGUAGGUCUGGUACAAGAUCUAAUUUAUAAGUUUUUUUUUUUUUUAUAGAACAUUGCUGUCAGCCUAUCCGGUCCUGGUGCUUUUUUAGGUAGUCGGUUACCUCUAUUAUUUCUUCCUUGGAGAAAUGUUCAUUGAGUUUUUCUAGUUGUAGAGAAGUUAACGUUUUAAAUUAUUUCCCUUGGAAAUAAGACUGUAUUUUGUGGAAGAUCUUUGGAUUGGAUGUUAUAAACUACUGUAAUAUUUCUCAAAAACCUUAACUAUUUUAUCAGGAGAAAGGUUUGUUUCAUUAUCAUAUAUUAUUUUAGACAUAGCUUUAGUUUUUUUGAAUAUUUUUAAAUUUAUUAGUCUUGUCCGCUUUAUUACUCUUAUAAUAUUGGAAAGAUUUCCGUUUUUCCAAUUUCUUAGAGGUUUCAUUGUUCUUUCAUUAAUACUUUUAUCUUAGAUCGUCAAUCUGGUCUGAGAUGUUCUUAGAAGGGUUAAUUUUGUUACAACGUAUUAAAUUCUCUAAUUUGAUAUAGAGAUCUGAGAGAUUUUUUUUUUUUUUUUUUCCUUUAUUUGGGAAGCUAAUUUGAUAAAAUGGCCCCGGAUCACACACUUCAAGGAUACCAAAACCGUAGCUGGGGAUAAGUGAUUAGAGGUAUUUUCUUGGAAGUAAAGGUUUGUGUUUUUUUUUUUGUUUUUUGUUUUUUUUUAAAUGUAUCCUCUAUUUUGUGGAGACUCUAGUAGAAACUCCUUGAGUUUCCAUUCUGGUCGUUUUUUAAUAAAGUUGUCCUUCAGUUCCAUAAUUACUAUAUUAUGAUCUGACCAUGUUAUCUUGCAUAUAUCAAUUUUCUUGACUCUUUGAAAGAUAUUUAGGUCUUUAAGGAUAUAGUCGAUUCUCAAAUAAGCAGUAUGUGUUUUGGAAAAACACGUAUAGUCUCGCUCAUUUGGACGGAAUAUACGCCAGGUGUCAUAUAACGAAUUCCCCUGGGCAAAGGAACUGAAUUUUAAUGCUUGCCUCUGCACAUUCCCAUCCAUCUGUCUACUCAACAGUGUCGGUUUAUAGAUUUGUGGGUCCAUUACGCAAUUGAAAUCUUCCAUCCAUAUAAUAUUUCCCUGUUUUAUCUUAUUCGGUCUUUCCCAAAAUCUGAAUAUAAAUGUAAUUGGCGCAUCAUUUGACAAAUAUGUGUUGAUCAAUGUAUAAGGGAUAUUAUCGAUCAUACAAAUCACUAUUAAAUAUCUCACUUCAGAAUCCUGUUCGGAGUGUUUUAUACACAAAUCUAAGUUGCGAGAAAAGAGAAAUGCAACACCACAUUUUCUCCUAUCUGGCAAUGAGGAAGAAGUGACCAUAGGAAAGUCUCUAGAGUUAUUCAAAAAAACUUGUCUAAACUCCUCCAGUGAGUCUUUUGUAUCGCACAAAUGUCUAUUCGCUGUUUUUUAAAUAAUUGGAGGCGAAUAGGUGUUUUGUGUGGGGAAUUUAAUCCCCACACAUUCAGAGUUGCAAACUUAACCAUUAUCUUGGGUCCAGCCCACGCCUCCACCUCUCCUUAUAUAGUCCGACAUCAAGAGAAAUUUAAAAUACAGAAAAACCAUAAUUACAUAUAACAAACACUCAUAGGCAGGGCCGCCAUCAGAAAUUUUGUGGCCCCUGACGCAGUUCAAAGUCUGGGCCCCCCAGACCCGCCCCAGUGUCUGCCCACGUCUGUGUGGUGUGUAAAAGGGAUACAGAUUGCACAUUUGUAUAAUGGAUAUAGUUGUGUGUGUUUUAGAUAAAGUGUGUUUGUGUUGGGGUUUUAGUGGUGAAUGCUGUUUGUGUUGUGGUUUUAGUGUGUGUAUGGUGAAUGCAGUGCGUGUUUGUGGGGUUUUAGUGUGUGUAUGGUGUAUGCAGUGUGUGUUUGUGGGGUUUUAGUGUGUGUAUGGUGUAUGCAGUGCGUGUGUUGUGGUUUUAGUGUGUGUAAAAUAGGGGGCUGCAUUGGGGGUAGGGAGAAGGAGCCUUUUUGGUAGCAUUUACAUUUAUUUUAACACCAUUUUAUUCCCCCCCCACCCCUCCCUCCCUGUUUCUUACCUGACUAGGGAAGGGAGGGGAUUGCAUCCCUGGUUGUCUGGUGAAAGGAGCCAGCCGCUGUACAAUGUAGACGGGGACCAGCCAGCACCAUCUUAAUUUUUCAGCAGCUCCUGUGCCUGUAACUCUCGCGAACUGUGCCUGCAUGCCGCAGGAGCUGCUGGAGAGUUAAGAUGGUGCUGGCUGGUCCCCGUCUACAUAGUACAGGUAGCCGGGGCCCGCAGGUGCACAUAUAGAUAGCGAUAAUCGCUAUCUAUAUGUGCACAUAUGAAAUGUGGGGCCCGGGACUCCCGGAGCAGUCCAGCACCGCCGGGCCCGUGACAACCAUUAUGGUUGUCAUGCCCUGAUUGCGGUCCUGCUCAUAGGUAAUAAAACCUAUCGCAGUGGUAAUCUCUGUUAACUAGUACUUAAAAAGUACCAACAUCCCUUUCCUGUGGUUCCCCCAUAAGCACUGGUAAGAGAAUUGAAAAGUUCAAUUGUCACCACCCAGGUGGCAAUUCAGAGUAUCGGAUCAAGGUACCCAGGGUAAAAAGGUCCCUUGGAGGGAUUACUUUUCAUUGGUAUUUUUUGGAAAAAGAGAGAGAAGGAGGGGGGCAAUCUUAUUAGCAAGUGCUUGGUUUGUGUCUCUCUAGUGGGUUUUUUUUUUUUUCUCCCUUUAUACUUUAACUUUUUUCUCUUUUACUCUUUAUCUAUGUCUUUUCUUUCAGUCUUCUUGUUGUGUCAUAUAAUUUCUUAUAUCUUAUGAUUUAUCUCAUGUUUUUCUCCUUUCUUGCACCUUUUCCUAUGCCGCUAUUUAUGACUAAUAUUAAAAAAAGAGGCAUAAAAGGCAUAAAAAUUUCUCUUUUCUUUUCCUAUCAUUUCCUUUACUUUGUCUUCAUAGAUUUCUUCUACCGUUAGCGUCCUGUUAUGUAUAGGAACGCCAAAAUAAUUAGCCUAUAUCAACUUCUUCAGGUAACUGCUUUUACCGCAGAAGCAUCAAAGUUUUCAUACCAUUUAGGAAAAUUUACACCUCCCAGCUUCUUAACAGUAAAUAAAUUACUGAAUAAAGCACAAAAAAUCAUUUGUUUUAUCAUCAUAAGAGGUAUCUUACUUUACGUGACCCUUUACUUUUUGUGUUACUUAUUUUUUCCCCUUUCAUGUUACUCUUGUGCUUAGUGAAAAUAAUUUUUGACCUAAAAUCUAUUUUUCAUGACCUAAAACUUCUUAAUGCUUUUGUUUCUAUUUCCUUUUCUCACUCCCGAAAAUUGAAGUAAAUUAUGAGAAGUGGUAGGAAAUUAAAUUUUUUUUAAUAUAAGGAUAUUUAAGAAUCACAUUUAUAUGUUCUCUCUUCAGUUCUUCUCUUCUCUCCCUCCAGUUAAUUAUUGCCUUCGGUUUCGGAAAUCAAAUGUCUCUUGCAGCCAUGAUUGUCGUUUUUCUGGAGAUUCUAUUAUGUGUGUCUUAGAGUCUUUGUAAAGCAGAAGUCUUACUGGGAAUACCCAUCUAUAUUGGAUUUUAUUAGCUCUUAAAAUUUCCGUAUAUUUAGCAAAAGAUCUUCUUUUAGAUCUUAUAUGUUGAAAGAUCUGGAAACAGUUAUUUUUUCAUAAGGGUUUUGCAUUUUACCUUCUCUGAUAGAAGUUAUUCUGGCUGUUUUUAAUUUGAAAGGACGCACAACAUAUCAUAACGUCUCUGGGGGAAUUUGUAGUCAGAUGUUUAGGCUUGGGUAUUCUAUGCCACCGUUCCUUUAAAGGACCAUAUAUCUCGUUUUUUAUGUUCAAGUUGACAAAUAAGUUGUUUAAAAAUUCAAAUUUUUCUGUAGUGACUUCUUCCGGUAAGGUGAAUAUUCCUUACUUUCAAGUUAUUGCGAUGUGGCCAAUCUUCUAAAUCUGCAUGUUUUUGUUCCAACUGUGCUAUUUUGAUUUGUAAUUGCUCAAUUUCCUUUUGGGAUUGUAUCGAGUCGUAUUCCGUAGUUUGAAUUUUUUCAGAAUUUUCAUUUGAGUAGAUUGUUUUUAAACUCUUAUGAGAAACGUUGAAUUUCGUUUUUGAUCCUUUCAAAUUGGGUUUUCAAAGUGCUGUUUAGUAAGUCUACCGUCACUUGCUGUGCUUCAGUUGCUAUUAUCACAAUUUCUACCCUCUCUUGAUUCACAUUCUUCAUUGUGUAUUUUAAGGGAUUGAUCCCCUGUUUUCAUGGACUGUGGAGAGAAAAAGACUAGCGUUUCUCCAGUGUUUUGUUUUUGUUUUAAGAUUUUUUAUUUUAUUUUUUUUAUUUUUAUUUUUUUCUUGAGUUUUCCUGGUCGCAAAAAAAAAACAAAAACACAUUUCAUAAAGAUUAAAAUCUUUUUGGAAUACGCAAGGAGGGAUCGGUUUAUUGUAGGAUAUUUUCUUUUAUCCUUCCCUUUCUCUCUUCUUCUUUCUGUCAAUGUUAGACCUUCUUAUAUCUCCCUCUCUCCAGGAUUUGCUUUCUUUUUUUAUAACUCUCUCCUCCUUCCUCCCCUCCUCUCUCCCUUCAAACGUUUUAUUUGAUAUUCAAGUAUAAAAAUCAAGCAGGGUAUCCAGGAAAAAGUCAAAAAUAAAGAUUUCAAAUGUAGUAUAUAAGCAAGGUUUCCAAAAAACAAAUUUUCAGGAUGGGUAUUCUGGCAGGGUAUUCAAGUAGUAUGUUUAUACAAAGAAAUUAUCUCACCCAUUUCUCAUCUUCCCUCACCUCCUUCCCGUUAGGAUAUAGUUGCAUCCAUCACCCUUUAGUCUUUAUCUAACUUCCUUUUUCACUUUAACACAGGAUUUUUUUGAUCAUGCCAGUUAGUUUUUAAAUAAUUUAUAUGAUUAUUACACACACUUUAUUUUUCCCUUCUAUAUGCCAGCUGAUUUUGAGUUAGAAUACAUAUAUAGUAUUGGGAGCUUUUCGCGUGUUCUUGUGGCAGUUUUUUUUUAGUAGUGAGGAAGUGGUCCCCUUUCCCAAGAUCUGAUCUGCUGGCUUGCACUUCAGAUGAACUUUUCUUUUUUUUUUUUUUCUUUUUUUUGAGAAAUCCACAGCUCUGCGUUCUUUGUAGUGCUGCAGCCAAGCAGUCCUCACAGCCCGUCACCGUGUGUAAACCACAUGUUGCUGUUCAGGACGUUCAGGUCUCACAUGCCCGCAUCUAGGUAAGAUUUAUUUGAUAGGGAUACUGUAUUGUGCCAAAGAAUUCUUUAGCCCAGUAUCCUGUGUUAUCAUGGAUCCACCGUUAAUAAUUUCCAAGACCAUGGCGUUCUCCCUCCAUCGUCCUUCUCCCGGCACCUAAACCCGCAAGCUUAGUGAGCGUGCUACAUCAUCGCUCCUCCCCCCAGCACUUUUCUAAAUUUACCUUGUUACAUCCCCCUGGCUUUUAAGCAGACAAAAGGUCCUGUUGCUUCCUGGUUUCAUUAGCUCAGUAGAACUAAACUCAAGAGGCAGCAAUUGCCCAGAGCACCUGCUUUGCAAUGACUUCUCACUGAGCUGCAUUGUGAUUAGACAGACACAGAAAGUCUGGGCAGGGUUAGAAGGGGAGGCAAGAGUGUUGAAAGUGGGCAUGUUACCAUGGAGAAAAAUUAUAGCUGCAGAAGUGUAUAUUCCAGAGAAGUAAAUGUUCGCAUGAAAUGUACAGCUGAUUCUUAAAAGUAUUCCAUUUAUAUGAUGCUCAGUCUUUAACCUGUUGUCUUGUUUGUUUUUCUUUUAGGAAAUCCUGUGAAGACAUUUGCUUACCUCAACAUCAGCAUCUCGGAUGUAGACUUAAGGAAGUGUAUGUUAAAAAUUCACUUUUCCAGAUUAGUCAUUGUGCAUGAUGUUGAUGCUUUUAAAAUGUCCUAAACAAAAAAAAACACACAGAUAAUCGAAAAAAAGUGCUUUUAUUUUGAGGAUAUAGGAAAGUAUUGUCUUGUUGUUACUGUUAAAUUGCCUAUGAUUCUUAAUAGCUUCCCCUGAAAAGGAAUGUAAUUUUCUUAGUUUACAAAUAACAUGAUUUAUAUUACCUUUAAUUAAAUUGACUCUCAAAACAUCAUGUGUAUCUUUUCCUUCAAAAUCCGUAACGGGUUUACUAAAUUCACUCCUAUAAAUAGUCGAUAUUUGGCUCUAAGUAAGGCGUAGUAAGGGCUCUGUCAUCUUCUUCUGGCUGAGGAUCAUUGGACAUGUAAUUCAACACAGUAUUCUGAUUUACCAUUGCUGCCUAAAGACAUUAUACAUAUAUUUCCAAAUAUUUUGUUAUGUUUUAUGUAAAAUUAUGCUUUCUUAUAUCUUGCAUAAAAAAUAUGUAUACAUUCUCGUUGUCCGUUAGGUAUAUCCACCCUUAAUAAGACAAAAUGGAAGGGAGGAGUCCUGCAGAUUGAAAAGGCAAAAGAAAGCUUCUUACACAGGUAACUUUAUAGCCUUGUUUCACAUGACUGUUUUUUGCAGGUCUGAAUUUUUUUUUUUAUUUUUAUUUUUUUUCUAUCAAAGGUUCAAAUACUGUUUUACAAAUUUAAAUUUGGAUGAAAAAAGUAAGGCAGGCUGGCCAGUGUUAAAGAUAUGCAUAUUUGGCAUAUGUCAUCAGCAUGCUUAGCAUUCUGGCGACAGACAACCAGUGGCAGCACUGCCAGACCCUCCAUGCUGCCUGAGGCCUCCUCCCCAACAUCUCUUUCCCUCCAGUGAGGGGGAGUUAUGUCCACAAGCUGAAGAAGGCCUUGGCAUAGGAUAAUAUGAUAGGUGAUUUUCUUACUCGUAUAAUAUGUGAGCUGUGCAGCUUUUGGUUUUCAUAUGCCUGAUAAACUUAUGGCUAUAGACAAAAUGCAAGGUUAGUUGUGUAUUUCUUUUUCCUGGUCCUAGUAGGUUAUGUCACUGAGUUAAUUUACCAUCUGUCCUAUUCAGGCAAGUUAAUAUCCCAAGUGUGCUUGAUUUCUGUGUUUUUAUUCCUACUUAGGUUGUCACGGGAGAGACAAGAAACUAAAGAAAGCAUAAAGCCCCAGGUAGACUCAAAACCUGACUUGGUAAAAUCCCUAAAGGAAGCUGGUGUUCAAGAUUUUCAGAUGAAGGCUGCUGUACCGGGGACCGAAGUACCAAAUCAUAAGGCAGGUGAUUACAGUAGUCUGAAAACUCAGAGGAAAAUAUCUAAUAUUUUUAAGUAUUGAUAUUACAUAUUGUUGUUGUUAAAACAUUUUAUUCUGCUCUUUUGUUUCCAGAAUUGGGUGGUUAGUAAAUAUGGCAGGGUUCUACCUGUUCUUCAUUUGAAAGGCAACGACAAGAGAAAAAUAUCCUUUUUGGUGCAACUGCAAACUACCAACAUCUUCACCGUCGUACUGUAGCUUUUCACAAAUUUGAUAGUUAAUUUUCAUUAAAAAUAUCUGUGCCUCCUGCACAUAGUUCUCUUACUCUCUGGCUUGCUAUAAGGACCAAUAAUAUUUUGUACCAUCCUCCGCAUUUAAAGAAGUACUACAAGCAUCAAAAAUUUUUAGCUUAAUAAAGCUGUUUUAGUGUAUCAUUCAUGCCAGUGCAGUUUAACUGGUCAACUCUCGGCCAUUUAAACUUUUUUGUUUCUGUUUAUGCAAAC